CAAACAGUGUCAAGGUGGAAUUGGCCUCCUGCACGUCUUAUCCAUUUUCAUACCCCCCUCCAUCUCGCAACUCGCCCAUUCACGAUCCGUUGUUUUCUCGUUGACCCCCGGACUGUCAGCCUCUUAGGGCUGAGGCAGACGUUGAAUGACUGCAGCUGCUGCCUUGUGUCAUCAGGUAUGACGCCGAGUAAUCGCAUGUCAGACAACAACCGGUAGCAAGCAGAUGAGGCUCAAAAAGGCCCACCGAAUCGAAUCGAGUUCGAGUGUCCCGUCGAAGCAGUUUUCGCCAAGCUCAUCGAUGGGUCUCUGGGGUAUAAAGGAUUCCUGGCUGAAUCGAAGGGAACAAUCCAGAGGUUCUUGUUAGGAAACCAAACCAGUUUCUAGACUGUAACUGUAGGAUUUGAGUUGCAAUCUCCAGCGAACAAAACACGAAGAAAAGAAAACCCAAGAGACAAAAGAGAGAGAGAAGCAAAAUGGGUCGCCCGUCACACAGCACCGACACGGACGCGACGGCCUCCAGGUCCUCCAUCUCCAUGGCCAAGGCCGUCGAGGACGUGGAAGUGGCCUCGUCCAACACACAGACAGUCGGCGAGAGGGCGAUGAACCGGCGCGUCAACAGGAAGAUGGACAUUGCGCUGCUCCCGCUGCUUUCCCUCCUCUACCUGUUCAACGGUCUGGAUAGGGGCAACGUGGGAAACGCCCAGACCCAAGGUUUUACCAACGACAUUGGCGCUGUACCCGACGAUCUGAACCUCGCCGUCUCCCUAUUUUUCAUCACCUUCAUCCUGUUCCAGCCGCCCUCUGCGGCUAUUGGGAGAUGGUUGGGAGGCAAGCACUGGAUUCCCGUCAUGAUGCUAGGCUGGGGCUUUGUUACCUUGGGGCAGGCGUUUGUCAAGGGCCGUGGUUCCCUGAUCGCAACCCGCCUCCUGAUCGGCGCCUUCGAAGCCGGAUUCUACCCCACCGCCGUGGCAUACCUCUCGUUCUUCUACUGCCGAUACGACCUCGCCGUCAGGGUCGGGCUCUUUUACGGCCAAUAUGCCGUUGCGGGCGCCUUUUCAGGGGCCAUCUCAUACGGUGUCUUCCACCUGAACCACGGCCCCCUAAAAAACUGGCAAUACCUCUUCAUUAUCGAAGGCGCGCUGACGGUGCUCUUCGGCCUCGUCGCGUGGGUCCUCCUCCCCGUCGGUCCCGGCUCCGCCUGGUUCCUGACCCCGGCGGAGCGCCGGUUCGCCGCGGAUAGGAUCCGGGCCGACAACGCCCUCUUCGUCGAGCACACGUACGACUCGGACGGCUUGGAGGAGGACCGGCUGACGAAGCGCGACUUCGUCGAGACGGCCCGGGACUGGAAGUUCUGGUACGUGCUGGCCUUCAACAUCUGCGCCAGCGUGCCCGGCCAGGCCUUUUCCGUGUUCCUACCGCUCGUCGUGCAGGGCCUGGGCUACUCGUCCAUCGAGGCCAACUUGAUGUCUGUUCCGCCCUAUGUCUGCGGUGCGGUUGGACUAUACUGCUUCACACUGAGCUCUGAUUACCACAAGGAGCGUGGUUACCACAUCCUCGGAGGCAUCAUGAUCGCCCUCAUCGGCCUGAUCGCAACUGUCACGGUCGAGUCCCAUGGUGGGAAGUACGCGGCGCUCUGCGUGCUUCUCCUUGGGAGCUACGUCGCCGCACCCCUGACUGUGGCGUGGCUGAGUGGAAACACACCCGAGCCCGGCAAGCGAUCCCUCGUCCUCGGCCUCAACGGCUUCGGCAACAUCUCGGGCAUCAUCGGCGCGCAGCUGUACCGGGCACAGUACAAGCCCGACUACAAAAUACCCUUCUACGCGACCCUGGGAUUCGUAGCGGCUGCGCUGGUGGGAUACCUCUCGUACCGGUUCACGCUCGCCGCGGUCAACCGUAAGAAGCUAGAGAUCAUGCGGCACAAGUCGCAGGAGGACAUUGAGAAGGAGCGCGUGGACGGGACACGUUACGCCGACAAGAAGUGGACAUUCAUCUACGGACUCUAAUGGGGAGGGGAGGGGUCUCGAAGAUCAAUGAGUAAAAGUAAUAGAACUGUAAUUAAACAUCCGAGAAGAAGGCAUCCGCCUCGCGGCGAAUCUUAUCUGCAAGA